AUGGCUUCUCGAACCUCUCCCAAGGACCGAGUAUGGUCCCGCCGCGAAAUCGAGGGGUUGAUUGCCCAGGGCCGCAAGAUUAUAAUUCUGGAUGGACAGGUGAUCAAGGCAGAUGCAUGGCUCCCGUACCAUCCAGGCGGUAACUUAGCCAUUCUGCACAUGGUUGGUAGGGACGGUACAGACGAGAUUCGAGCCCUACACUCGCGAGAGACACUGGGGCAGAUGCAGAAAUACGUGAUCGGCAGGAUAGAGGGCCGAUGGCAGAACUUCACUCCUCCUAUACAGGGCGGCGUAUUCACAGAAUCUAUUGGGAAAGGAGGGGGAGAGCUACAGGAACAGGAGGAUUCUAGUUCGUGCAGUAGCACAGCUCCUUCGCCAAUCUUCGAGCCUACGGACGGUCUCCGCCACCGCAACCAUACUGAGACGAGCUCUAUAUCUUCUUUGGCUUCAGACGACGACCUACCGGAGGCGGCGGAACAGAAUGCCACACCCAAGAAUCACUACUUUGUCUGCAACAAUCCAUCCAAUUCACUGCUCAACUACCCCGCGCUCAACGCCACCGCGCAAGACGCGGUUAUCUCCAAAUACCGCGCACUCGAAGUCCGCCUCCGUGCUGCCGGGCUGUACAACUGCAACUACACUGCGUACGCCUGGGAGAUAACGCGAUACCUGUUCCUCAUCACCUCCUGCUUCGCGUGCUUGCAUAUCCAGCAGUACGCCAUAGCGGGCAUUUUCCUUGGCCUUUUCUGGCACCAACUUGUCUUCACUGCCCACGACGCUGGUCAUAUGGGCAUUACGCACAACUUCCACCUCGACACCAGCAUCGGCAUUUUCAUCGCCAACUUCUGUGGCGGUCUGUCCAUCGGCUGGUGGAAGCGCAGCCACAACGUGCACCACAUCGUCACCAACAUGCCUGAGCACGACCAGGACAUCCAGCACAUGCCCUUCUUCGCCGUGAGCACCAAAUUCUUCCAGUCUCUGUACUCGACUUAUCACGGGCGCGUGCUCGCCUUCGACAAACUCGCCCAGGUCCUGCUGAGCGUGCAGCAUUGGACCUACUACCCCAUCCUGGCCCUCGCCCACUUCAACCUCUACGUGCAAUCCUACAUUUACCUCUUCAGCAAGCAGCCCCCACGCAAAGGCCCCGCCUGGUGGCACUGGUACCUCGAACUCGUCGGCAUCGCCGUCUUCUGGUACUGGUUCGGCUACCUCGUCUGCGCCUCCAUCCCGACGCACCUGUCGCGCUUCGCCUUCGUCAUGACCUCGCACGUCUUCUCGUCCCCGCUGCACGUGCAAAUCACCCUCAGCCACUUCGCCAUGAGCACCGUGGACGUCGGCGUCGCCGAAAGCUUCGCGCAGCGCAUGCUCCGCACCACCAUGGACGUCGACUGCCCCGCCUGGCUGGACUUUGUGCAUGGCGGCCUGCAGUUCCAGGCUGUGCACCACCUGUUUCCGCGUCUGCCCAGGCACAACUUGCGGAAAGCGCAGAGCUACGUGCGUGAGUUUUGUGAGGAGGUCGGCAUCCCUUACGUGAUCUAUGGUUUUGGGAGGGGGAACUUGGAGGUGCUGGGCCGGCUUGAGGAGGUGGCGCGCCAGGUCAGCUAUUUCCAGGAGUGUCAGAAGGUGGCGGCCAAGGAUUUGAUUGAGGGCCAUCAUGCGGUGAGUUGA